AUAAUUUGUUUGUUGAGAUAUUUAAAAUAAUAAACUUAACUUGGUAAAAUCACGUUGUUAGUACAUUUAAUAGGAUAUUCUCGUGAGAAUGAACGUACUGCAUAGUAUCCAGCCCGGAUACAGCUUAUUCAUUUUGUUGCCUAAUCGCUUAUUAUUUCGGUUUGUACGCUUUCUGUAUUUGUAAAUCCUAUUACGAGAGUGUGUCUCUGAUGUUUAGCAUGUCACUUUAAUUCAAUUUGACAGCAGAAGAAAAUCAGGGGAACGUAGCCGUAAUGACCGUACGUGCCAAAUUCCGACAAUGUGCCAAUCCAAUAGAUCAGGCAACCAUGACUGUCAACGAAAAAAUUUUGAGGGAAUGUCACACGCUGUAUGCAGACGAAGAUAUGGGCUUGAUUAAAAUUGCAGAGCAUUUCAACCUUAAGCUGCUUGCACCACGAAAGAAAAUUGUAGUUCUUCUAAUUGGCAAUCAUUCAGCAGGGAAAUCAUCCUUCAUCAACUGGUAUAUUGAGGAACAUGUGCAGAAGACAGGAGUUGCAAUUGAGACACAAGGCUUUGUCAUUGUCACAAGUGGCAAGAAGAGGGAGUCCCUCAUGGGUAAUGCAACUCUUCAUCUGUAUCCACAUUUCAAAUCGUUGCAGAAGAUACCUGGUGUAGUGGAUUUCCUCUCCACUGAAAUUUCAACUUCAAAGCAGAAGAAAUUUAGUUUGGUGACAUUUGUUGAUACACCUGGACUAGUGGAUGGAGAUAUGCAGUAUCCAUUUGAUGUUAAUGAAGCAAUCAUUUGGCUUGGAAAGAUGGCUGAUCUGAUAUUCACAUUUUUUGAUCCAAUUGGUCAAGCACUAUGUAAACGAACCUUGAAUCUAGUAGAGAGACUUAAUUCUGCUCAUGCUGAGAAAAUGCGCUUCUAUUUGUCUAAAGCAGAUGAUGUUAGUAAUGAGGCUGAUAGACAAAGGGUGAUGAUGCAGAUAGUACAGGAGCUCUGUAAAAGGCCUGGACUUAAUCGGACAGGUUUCGACAUGCCUACCAUAUGCAUCCCAGAUCUGAAUAAGCAAACACGGUGUGUGAACCAAAUAGAGGAAGUUUGUCAGGAUAUAGAGCGCACCAUCAACCACACAAUUCAGAACACACUGAACACUCUAGAGAGAGACUGCGAGACCGUAGCACAGUUACUAGAGAAGCGUCUGGAGCAGGACACUGAGGACCGCAACUAUAAUUUCAAGACUACAGGUAGAGCCAUGGUGUUUGGAGCCCUGGCUGUUAUCCUUCCACUGCUGCUUGUCCUAAAUGUGCUUGUUAGCAUCUCCAGCAAGAGCUUCCUACACGCGUUGCUUGGUGCAAGUUUCACAGACAGCCUUUUGGUGUAUCUGUCUCCAGUUCGUAUGCUGUGGUCAAUAGUUCCCGAUAGAUUUCAAUGGACAGUAUUACUAAUUAUUGUUAUUGGCUCGGGUGGUCUGUUUUUCCUCACAAAAUGGUCACUGGGAUUGCGGCUGACACUCUCUCGGAGACAGAAGCGGCAAUACUUGGAGAUGAAGGAACAUGUGGAAGAAGUAGUGAAUGCAAAGAAGCAGCAGCUGUAUCGUGAAUACUUGGGGCAGAGUGUGGGUGACCAUGACUUGUGAAGGAAAUUUACAACAUUUCACCUUUCAACACUUGUAAUUUGCAUCAUGACAUACUGUAUUUAUCCAAAUGUCACUUCCCAAAUUAGUUGUAUGCUCAAAUUUUUAUGGAAUUAUUAAUAAAUGAACAUUACUUUGUUAAACUUUUGCUAGAAACAAAAAUUUGCUAAAUUAUAUUUAUGUGGUAAGUCCCAUUUUAGAAGUUUAUAUAAGCAUGCACUGUUGCCAAUAGAACUCUGCCAGCAGACAACACAGCACAUGCCAGCAAUGUUGCCAUGUGUACUGCUGUGUCUUGAUAAUUCCCAUAUGUAGAAUUUUGUGCUACCCAAGUUGAAUCCUAAAUAUUACAUACAUCUGGUAUUUUACAUAAGAGUUUUAAAAAACCAUACGAAUGGUAUUUGGAUAAAUACAGUACUUUGGAAUGUAUGAAUGAAGUUUUUAACUGAAUAAUUUAUAAUUACCUGUUAGAUUUGAGGUUUUCACAGCAGUGAGUAUGAAGAUUUCUGU